AUGGAUCAGGACUUCAAGAAAUACCUGGCGACCGAGGUCCUCUCAGAACAACGGGCGAUAUCAUAUCGCAACGUAUCGCGCGUCUUCAAAGUCCAUGUGAAUGCUGCGAAAUGCAUGCUCUAUGACUUCUACGAAUUCCAGAACAGCAAGAAGCCGGGCUCGAUAUACGCCACGUAUCUUCUUUCCGGGUUCAAGAAGAGGCCGACUCCGCCAAUCACAACUAAUGGCGCCACCAGCAAGCAUGACUUCGACCCGGACGAACACAUUCCCUCCAGCCCUCCGCCCUUCACGAGCUCGAUGCUCGAACCCAGUCAACAGAGCAGUCAAGCGGAUGAGGAGGAAGAUGCAGUGCAAGUCCCCGUGCGGACCAUCUCGCUCGUGAAGGAGGACGCGUUGGAAGAGUUGAAAGACCAAUACGAGAGCAUCACAUCCAUACACAUCUACAGCCUGUCGCCCACGCGCAUCCAAGACCUGUUCACAUUAUCAGACAUCGGCCGAAACUUGUUCAACGAAGAAGAUCCCCUUCAGCACAACAAGGCCUACGGUGUGAUCCAGAACCCCAAUGUGCGACGGCGCAAAGGCAACAGGCCAGCCGCUAUCCCCCCUGGACCUGCCGCAAAGUUCCAGCCCGUCAAAGAGGAGCCCAAAAAGACAUCCGCAUCUGCCAUUCAAAGCAAGCCAGCUCCCAAAUCUGGGCCAGCAGCCGGAGCCGUAGGCACAAAGGCCGAAGAACCAUCUCGCCCUUCAUCCCGCGACAGCACCUCGACAACCACAUCCUCUAAGCAGCCUUCGAAACCACCCGCCUUGAAACGAGAUGCAUCCGACCUCUUCAAAGCCUUCGCGAAGCAAGGCAACAAGAAGUCAACACCGACCAGUACGCCAAAAGUGGCUCGGCAAGACACUACCAUGAAAGACGUCGACAUGGACGAUGACGAAGGCGAAUCCGAAGACGAAGCCCUCUUCCUGGACACGAACACGCGCAAACCCGCAAGCGGCUCCAAAAAACGACACAGCGACGUCGUGAAAAAGGAGAAGGAAGACCGAGCUGCGAAACUGCGAAAAUUGAUGGACUCGGACGACGAAGAAGUAGCUGCCGUGCCAAGCGUCGAGAAAGCGACGGGUCUAGAGACCGACGAGCCUGUCGCCGCCCGGAAAGGCACCGACGCAGAUGCGCCGUCUAAAGGGCCUGGAGAAGACGAGCAGAUCGCCUGGUCGGAAAGUGAUGGUGAGAAGAAAGUGGCCACCAAGGAACCGAAACGACGCCGCGGCAAGCGCAAGGUCAUGAAGAAACGCACGACAAAGGAUGAAGACGGAUAUCUCGUCACAAAGGAGGAGGCCGUGUGGGAGAGUUUCAGCGAGGAUGAGCCGGAGCCGCAGCCCGCGACCGCGAGGAAAGGCAUGGCGAAGAGUUCCUCCAAGAUACCGUCUCAGAGCCAGAGUCAGAGUCAGGGUCAGAGUCAGGGUCAGGGUCCGGGUCAGGCUCAGGGCAAGGCAGGGGUGAAGAAGAAGGGUACUGGAGGCGGAGGCGGCAAUAUCAUGAGUUUCUUUGGGAAGAAGAACGCGUGA